AUUGAAAGUAGGUUAUUUAGGUACAACUGCAAAAGAUGAAAGGGUGCGGUUGCGUCUGUCUGUGUUUGUUAUUAAUUAUAAAAUUAAGUGCAGCUAAUGUGAAUAAAAAAGUAAAUGCAUUGCUCAUACUUGCUGAUGAUGGAGGUUUCGAAAUGGGCGCCUACUUGAACAGAAUAUCUCAAACGCCGAAUCUGAAUAAAUUAGCAAAGAACAGUUUAAUCUUUAACAAUGCAUACACUUCGGUCAGUAGCUGCUCCCCCAGCCGAUCGGCGCUUCUCACUGGAAUGCCCUCCCACCAAAACGGCAUGUACGGAUUACAUCAGGGAGUGCACCAUUUUAAUUCGUUCGAUCACGUUAACAGUUUGCCGAAGAUACUAAAACGAAGUGGAAUUCGCACAGGAAUCAUUGGCAAAAAGCAUGUGGGGCCCAACUCGGUGUACCCAUUUGACUAUUCCCAAACGGAGGAAAACAACUCCAUUUUACAAGUGGGACGUAACAUAACGCAUAUAAAGUUAUUGGCGCGGGAAUUCUUCAGAAACGGCUCAGAGCCUUUCUUUCUCUAUGUCGCCUUUCACGAUCCGCACCGUUGUGGCCACACCAAUCCAGAGUAUGGAGAAUUUUGUGAGAAGUUUGGGAACGGAGACAUUGGAAUGGGUACCAUCCCUGAUUGGCAUCCAAUCUAUUAUCAAGCCGACCAAAUAGACUUGCCCUAUUUUAUUCCCGACACACCUGCAGCACGCCAAGAUGUUGCUGCGCAGUACACUACAAUUUCUAGAUUGGAUCAAGGAGUCGGACUAUUGCUCGAAGAGCUAAAGAACGCUGGCCAUCUUGAUGACACGCUCAUCAUUUACAGCUCAGAUAAUGGAGUACCAUUUCCGAAUGGUCGUACGAAUGUCUACGAUUCAGGAUUGGCGGAACCGAUGUUCAUCUCCUCUCCUGUACACACUGAUCGUCAUAAUCAAGUUACCUACUCGCUCGCAAGUCUGCUGGAUAUCGCGCCGACAUUGCUCGAUUGGUUUGGUGUGUCCUACGAAGAAAGCUCUAACGAAUUAAAACCUGCAUUGACUGGCAAAUCGUUACUGCCGUUGCUAACUAAAGAACCUACGAACGUUACCGAUGAAGCCGUGUACGCGAGUCAUACACUACACGAGGCCACAAUGUACUACCCAAUGCGCGCGGUGCGAACUCACCGAUAUAAAUUAAUACACAACUUAAACUACUACGCGCCUUUUCCUAUCGACCAGGACUUCUACUUAUCGCUCACAUUUCAAGAUAUGCUAAAUCGCACUCGCGCCCACCACCCAUUAAACUGGUUCAAGACGCUGCAAUCGUACUACAUCAGACCGGAAUGGGAGCUGUACGACUUGAAGAUGGACGCCAGCGAGUUAAACAAUUUAGCCGGUAAAAAGUCGUACAAGAAGAUCCUACAGGAGUUACAGGUGAAACUCUCGAAUUGGCAGAAAGUGACCAACGAUCCUUGGUUGUGCGCUCCGCAUUCCGUUCUUGAAAAUGUAGGAGAGUUUAGAAGUAGCCCACAGUGUAUGGGAUUGGAUAAUUUGUAUUAGGUGAAAAAUCGCACUGCAAUAAAUCUCUUAACAUUUG